ACAAACUAUCAAUGUUGAAAGUAAAGUAGAAACAAAUAUCCAUUGGAUUAGUAAAUUGUGAUAAUAAUAAUGAAAUGCUGGGGAAAAAUAGUGUUACCUUAAUACCAGCGAUCAUGCCGUUGAUCAGUUGGUUUAUGCUUCGUAAAAGUGAUCAAGAUAAUGGUAUUACUCGUAAUUCAUGGGACCAGGAAUAUGAUUAUAUUAUCGUUGGUGCUGGAUCAGCUGGUUCUGUUUUAGCUAAUCGAUUGUCGGAAAAUCCAAUGGUCAAGGUUUUAUUACUCGAAGCGGGUGGAAGUGAAAAUACAAUUAGUGAUAUUCCAGUGGCCUAUCAAGUGUUACAACAAACACCGAUGGAUUGGUCUUAUUUAACUGAACCUCAAGAAUCGGCUUGUUUUGGACUGAGAGAUAGACGCAGUCGAUGGCCUCGAGGUAAAGUUCUUGGAGGGUCUAGUGUCCUUAAUGUGAUGCUGUAUGUCCGUGGAAAUAAAAACGAUUACAAUCAAUGGGCUGCUAAUGGUGCCGAUGGUUGGAGUUGGGAACAGAUCUUCACCUAUUUCCUAAAAUCGGAAGAUAAUCAAGAUCAUCAAUUUGUUGCGAAUGGAUUCCAUGGUCAAGAUGGUCUAUUAACGGUAAAAACACCGCCGUUUCUAACGACGUUGGGACAAUCGUGGCCUGUGGCCGGAGCUUAUCUUGGCUAUGAUUAUGUUGAUAUUAAUGGUCCAAGUCAAACAGGAUUUACAGUACCCCAAGGGACAAUUCGUAACGGUGCUCGAUGUAGUACCGCUAAAGCAUUUCUAUUAUCCUCCAAGAAUCGAGAUAAUCUUCAUGUAGUAACAUUUUCUUAUGUUACAAGGAUUAUUUUCAAUCAAAUGAAAAAAGCGAUUGCUGUUCAAUUUGAUAGAUUCUCAAUGUCAUACCUUGUAUAUGCUAGACAAGAGAUAAUCAUCUCAGGUGGAGCAAUUAACUCCCCACAAUUAUUAAUGUUAUCGGGAAUUGGACAUUCAGAUCAUCUAAAUCAUCUUGGUAUACCAAUUGUUGCCGAUCUACCGGUUGGUGAUAAUUUACAAGAUCACAUUUAUCCUGGUGGGUUAACGUUCACAAUUAACUCUAAAUUAAGUUUAACCGAGAAACGGGUUUUCAAUCCGAUCACAUUGGGUCAAUAUUUUACCAAAGGUUCGGGACCAUUGACAUCGUUAGGAGGAGUUGAAGGUUUGGCCUUUGUCCAUACAAAGUAUUCAAAUUUAUCGCUCGAUUGGCCUGAUAUUGAGAUACAUUUCAGUUCGGGUAAUGUGUUUGCCGAUCAAGGUAAAAGUUUAGUUAAAUUAGCGGGAGUCGAGCCCGAAAUUUGGGACACUGUUUAUAAACCUUUUGAGAAAAUAGAUUCUUUUUCCCUGUUACCUGUUCUAUUAAGGCCAAAAAGCCGUGGGACGAUUAGAUUACGUUCACCAAAUCCCUACGCACCACCGAUUAUUGAUCCUCGAUAUUUAUCUCAUCCUGAUGAUGUAACAACUUUAAUCGAAGCUAUGAAAAUAUGUCUCAGUUUAGGCCAUUCUCCGCCUUAUACAAUAUUUGGUUCCUCAAUUUUGGACAUCCCUUUUCCCGGUUGUCAAUUGUAUCCUUGGUUAAGUGAUUCCUAUUUAGCUUGUUUGGCUCGAUUAUUAACUUUAACAAUUUACCAUCCAACGGGUACUUGUAAAAUGGGCUCACCCGACGAUCCAAGUUCCGUUGUAGAUCAAAAUUUACGAGUUAUCGGUGUAAAUGGAUUGAGGGUCGUUGACGCUUCCAUAAUGCCAACCAUUGUCUCUGGUAAUACAAACGCUCCAACAAUUAUGAUUGCCGAGAAAGCAGCUGAUCUAAUUAAAGGUGAUGCUUGGAUUAGAUCAUCAUUUGAUUAUCAUUUAAAUUCAUUGAUAGGAAAAUGAUUAGUAAGAGAUUAGAGGAUUAAAAGAGUAAAAUUGGUUUUUACUCUUCCAAUUGGUUAAUCAUAAUCUCAAUUAACGGUGAAAUUUACAAAUUCAACUGUCACUUUUGUGCCAUUUUUGUACUCAAUUAAUUAAAUUUGAAUUAUUAUUAUGAAAACUUAAUAAGUUUGAUCUUUGUUCUGACAAUUGCAAUUUAAAUUGUAACAAUUUUGUCUCAAUAUUUCAUGAUAAUUGAUAUUUAAAAGAUUUCCUUAUGGUGGUUUGUCUAAUUUUCUGUAUUAUUUGGUUAUUCCUGUUGUUGUAGUUUAGUUAAUUGUUGUAACCGGGGUUUGAUUUAACAAGGAAAAUUGCUAAUAACCAUCACAAUUGAGAUUAGCCUUGAA